GCUCAAAGCCUUGAAGACAUUCUCCUCCGAGUGUUCUAGUACUUCCCUAGGGAAAGUGGGAGCCUUAAUACCGUCCCAACACAUUAAAAGCAUCAGGGACUUCACAAGAAACAUGAUUUUGGAGCCAGUGUCACAACCUAGGCAAGGAGGAUGGAUUCUCUGUCUCCUCAGUAAACUUAGUGUACAGAAUAACCUGCCUAGACCAUUUCUUCCCGUUUCCAGGCAUUUUGUUAUCCUUCAGAUGAGGAAACUUGUUUUUUCCUUCUCAUCUCUGCCCUGUUAUCAUCCCACGGGAUAGGGUGCGGGUGGGAGCACCCCCCUGGUUUCCCCAGCUCUGGAAAUGGUUGUAAUGAAGCACCCCCCUGGUUUCCCCAGUCCGGUUGGUUGUAAUAGUUUGCCCAGCUGGCCGGGGAGGACACAGCGCUCUCUGAGUACUUGUGUUUUUCCAGGCCAUUUUCCAAUCUCUUUCCAAAGACCUUUUCCCUACUUCAGUUGACAACAGCUGCUGGAAAGCUCCUCCCCGAGGGAGGAGAGAAGACAUAACUGAUUUUUGAGAAUAACUUCACAACAUUAAAACAGAGCAGGAUUGGUGCAGCCAUCAGUUGAACAAGGGCCUGGAGGUGAGCACCGUUGGCGUGACACGCUCAAGGGCUUUGCAGGAUCAUGUUUACCUGUCGCCUGCCUUGGUGGACAUCCAGUGCUGCCUGCAAGCUGUGGCAGCCGCCUCGCUUUCUGCCUGGUGUCUGGGAGAAGUGCCAACUGCCGAGUUGUAAAGGAAUCAACACAACCGUGGGGCAGGGGCAACAGGUGGAUGCUCAAGAGAAACAAGUCUUAGAAGAUCUGGAAAUGCCCCUUGCAAAAAGGGACAUGGAGACCCUCUUCCAAGAGCAGCCUGAGACUGGGAACCAGUAUUUGGAAGACGCUUUGCUUCGGAGUUACUUGAAAACACACCUUCCUCCCAAGGUACUGGAGGAGGUGAAUCAGGACCUGGAGAGGUUUGGAAACCGUCUGCUAACCAAGAUCAAACCUCUAGGAUGGGAAUGCGAGUUGAACCCCCCAGUGUUUCGGCAGUAUGAUGCCUGGGGGCAGCGUGUGGAUCAAAUUGUCACCUGCUCAGCCUGGAGGAGGAUGAAAGAGAUUGCGGCAGAAGAGGGGCUGAUUGCUGAGGCCUAUGAGAGAAGAUACUCCAGCUGGAGUCGUUUGCAUCAGGCUGUCAAACUGUACUUGUUUUCAAGCUUCUCUGGAGGUUUCAGCUGUCCACUGGCCAUGACUGAUGGGGCAGCCAAAGUCAUUGAGUCGCUAGGUUUUCCUGUAUCUCUGAAAAGUGCUUUUGACCACCUGACAUCCCGUGACCCCAAGAAGUUCUGGACCUCUGGCCAGUGGAUGACUGAGCGCAGGGGAGGCUCUGAUGUUGCUAAUGGCACAGAGACAGUGGCCAGAAAGCAGCCUGACGGUACAUACCGUCUCUAUGGCUUUAAAUGGUUUACAUCGGCUGCCGAUUCGGAUGUGACAUUAACCCUGGCCAGGGUAGCGGAUGCUGAAGGAAAGUGGCCUCAGGGUUCCAGUGGCCUGUCCCUGUUCUUCCUGAAGGUUCGAGAUGAGGAGGGGAAGCUAAACAGCAUCCAAGUGCAAAGGCUGAAAGACAAGUUGGGCACACGGCAGAUGGCAACAGCAGAGCUAUGGCUAGAUGGAGCUAAAGCAGAGCUAAUCUCUGCAGAGGGUCGCGGAGUGGCCUCCAUCUCCAACAUGCUGAACAUAACUCGGAUCCACAAUGUCAUUUGUGCAGUAGCUUCCAUGAGAAGGAUGAUCAGUCUGAGCAGGGAGUAUGCACGCAGACGGGUUGCCUUUGGGAAGUGCCUCAAGGACCAUCCCCUACACAUGCAGACGAUAGCUCGGAUGGAGGUGCAGACACGAGGGGCAUUUUUGCUGUUUAUGGAGAUUGUUCGUCUGCUUGGUCUUGUAGAAACCAACAUGGCGAGUGAGCAAGACCAGCUUCUCUUGAGACUGCUGAUACCAGUUGCCAAACUGUACACAGGGAAGCAGGCUUCUGCUGUUGUUGUUGAGGCAAUGGAGAGUUUUGGAGGACAAGGUUACAUGGAGGAUACAGGCUUGCCAGUCAUAGUCCGUGAUACUCUGGUACUGUCCAUAUGGGAGGGAACAACAAAUAUCCUGUCACUUGAUGUCCUGCGAUCCCUCACCAAGAGUCAAGGACAGGUGAUGGCUGUGUUCCUCUCCGCAGUACAGAAAAAACUGGAGCUGGCUUCGAGCACUAUGAAACUGGAACCUGCCGUCAAGCAAAUGCGGGACGCCAUCAGCAGUCUUGUGCAGUUCACACGAGCAGCUGGCUCAAAGGGCGCAGCGACCAUGGAGCUAGCAGCCAGAGACUUCUCAUACACCCUAGCAAGGACCUACGCAGGAGCUCUUUUAAUUGAACAUGCAGCUCGGCCUGACGCUUCCUCCACAGACAUCUCUGCUGCUCGAAGGUGGUGCAACCAGGAGCUGUGCCCUGUGGCCACCGAGUUAGAGAACAGCAGCUACGAGGCUGAAGAAGCACUCAUGGACCACGCGCUGGUGUACGAGGGCAGCCCCACCGGCCGCAGCAGGCUGUGACUCACCAGAGGCAGCUCAGAGGUCCAGCAGAAGGUGGGUUGCAAUCCAGAACAAAAAUAAAUAAAAAAAAAUCCUCAGCCAGCCACGAAUUACAGGUGGAGAUGUUCCACCAGGGCCAGACGAAAUCCUUCUGGAGUAACCCCCAGCUGCACCACCCGCUCCAUUCCGCAGCCCACUGCUUUUGUGCUGAGUUAUUUGCCGACGCAGACACAGAGAUUCAGCCUAAGAUGCUGAAAUGUUCUUACUGUGGUUUGGGCAAAGGCUAAGUGGUCAAAUCCAGAUAAUGACUUGAAGCAGCAGCUCUUCAAGUGCCAACCGGGUGUUCUUUUUAAACCAAAAUCAAACUGAAAAUGAUUCGAAACUGAUUAAAUACAAAAACCCACCAUUUUUCCCUGUUCACCUUGCUUUCUAGCGCUACACACAGCCUUCCACCCUGGCACCUGCUAGGGAUGGGGUUUUCUUCCAGGGCAGCCUCUUACACCCGCUGCGGCUGUGAGGAGGGCACAGGAUUCCUCCAUGGGAAGAGUUCCCUCCAUGGGCACCGCUGUGCUCGGCUCAGGGCCCCCAGCUCCGUGGCUGAUCUUGGCAACUCGUUGGCUUUGUAACCCAAAUUUUCCGUUUUCCUAGCCAAGGUAGGCACAGGGCACUGCUUAGUUUAGCUUGUGCUUUUGAUUUUUUCCUUUUAUGUUGUACCUUGUCUCAAACGUGCUUUGCUUUUACUUUAAAUUAACCUGGAGUAGGGGCUUUACCUUCUCACGUAUUGUUGGGGACUUGGUCCCGAUCCACUGUAUUUCAAACACAGGACACAGUAAAUUGCUAUUUGCAGCUCCAGAAAUGGUUGGUGUCAACAUCAACACUGCUGUGCAAAGAUGUUCUGUAACAGUUCAGGGGAGGAGGCAAUUUCAAUUACAUCACUCAAACUACAUCAAAAUUGUACAAGUUGAUACCAAAAUUAAAGAA